GCCCAUCUCCAGGGUGUGAUCCCGAGAGGAGGAUGCUCUGCAGUUCCCCCAUCCACUGCUCUCUGCCGGCUUUUGUCAUUUACAGUUUAGUUUUCCAAGGUCAUCAGGGGCACUCAGAUCCAUUCCAAGUCACUGGACCCCCCGACCCCAUCACCGUGGCCAAGGGUGAGAACGUGGUGCUGCCCUGCAGCUUCUCCCCAGAGCAGGAUGCACAGGACACGGAGGUGAUCUGGUUUCGGGAGCAGUUCUCGCCCUUUGUGCAUCGCUUCAAGGAGGGCCAGGACCAGUAUGGGGAGCAGAUGCUUCAGUACCAAGGGCGCACUGAGCUGCGGAAGGACGGCCUUGCCAAGGGCAGCGCAGACUUGAAGAUUUUCCGUGUCCAACUCUCUGACACAGGGACUUUCACCUGCUUUGUUCGCCGUGGCUCAGAUUAUGACGAGGCUCAGGUGGAGCUCAAGGUGACAGCCAGAGGCUCUGCCCCGCUCAUCACGCUGGAGCGCUACGAGCACGGGGGGAUCCGCGUGGCCUGUCGCUCAGCCGGCUGGUACCCACGGCCCCAGGUGCUGUGGCACGAUCCCCACGGGCGGCAUCUCCCGUCCCUCUCGGAAAACACUACCCAGGACAAGAAUGGGCUCUUCGCAGCUGAGAGCAGCAUCAUCCUCACCAGGGGUGUGAACCAGGAACUCUCCUGCUCGGUGCAGCACAUCCCGCACAGACCAGAGCAGGAAUCAGCCCUUUACGUGUCAGAUUCCUUUUUCCAAGAUGCCCAUCCUUGGAGGAUUGCCCUGGGCGUGGUCCUGGUUGCUGGGGUUGCUCUCCUUAUUAUCACUGUUUAUCUAUUUAGAAUUAAAGGAAAGCACCAGAAAGAAAUAGAGAGGCAAAAGGAAGCACUGCGGCACCACGAGGCAGAAAUCGGCAGCCCCAGCAAAGAUCUGUCCUGGGGCGAGCUCUGCCCUGAUGUGCUGAUUCCAUCUCUCCUGCAGAGAACGUGGUUCUGGAUCCAGACACAGCCCACUUCACUUCUGCUGCAAAAACUAUUAGUUCUUGUUACAUCUCUAAACCCCAAUAUCACGUUGCAACAAGUGCCCAGACCCUCCUCCUGCAGAAAAGGUGUGCACAGGUUGAUGACCUGUUCUGUCAGGAGCAGGGAAUAUGGUCCCUGUGCACAUCAGGGGGAGAGAAAGGACUGUACUGUACAAGUUGACCAGCCAAACAGAAGAGUGCAAGAGAAAACAGGUGGCAGGCUGGGACAGGGUGAUAACUUUUUUGGUUGUCAGACAGCUCAGCUGGGAUCAGUGGACCCCUCCAACACUCUUGGGGACAGCCAAGUAGCUCCAGCUCCAGCCCAGAGACCAGGAAAGAGCUCAGGGUCUCCAGGUUGUGCUCCUGAGAGGAGGAUGCUCUGCGGUUCCCCCAUCCACUGCUCUCUGCUGGCUUUUGUCAUUUACAGUUUAGUUUUCCAAGGUCAUCAGGGGCACUCAGAUCCAUUCCAAGUCACUGGACCCUCCGACCCCAUCACCGUGGCCAAGGGUGAGAACGUGGUGCUGCCCUGCGGCUUCUCCCCAGAGCAGGAUGCACAGGACACGGAGGUGAUCUGGUUUCGGGAGCAGUUCUCGCCCUUUGUGCAUCGCUUCAAGGAGGGCCAGGACCAGUAUGGGGAGCAGAUGCUUCAGUACCAAGGGCGCACUGAGCUGCGGAAGGACGGCCUUGCCAAGGGCAGCGCAGACUUGAAGAUUUUCCGUGUCCAACUCUCUGACACAGGGACUUUCACCUGCUUUGUUCGCCGUGGCUCAGAUUAUGACGAGGCUCAGGUGGAGCUCAAGGUGACAGUUCCCUUUCUCCGAAGCGUGUAUCCUUGGGUGAUUCCCCUGGUCCUGAUCUCGGUUGCUGUGUUCGCUCUACUUACUCUCACAGUUUAUCUGUGUAAAAUUAAAGAGGAACAAGCCCAGGAACUCGCAUGGAGGAGACACGCAGUGCCGAUAGAAGAAGAGAACGUGGUUCUGGAUCCAGACACAGCCCACUGUGAGCUUGUCGUGUCUGACAGUGGCAAAAGUGUGAAACACGGCGACACACCACAGGACGUCCCUGACACCCCCAAGAGAUUUAACCUGCGGACCUGCGUUCUGGGCCGUGACGGCUUCUCCUCAGGGAGACACUACUGGGAGGUGGAGGUGGAGAAGGAUGCAGGAAGAUGGGGUGUGGGGGUCUCUAGAGAAGAUGGGCAAAGGAAGGGUUGGUUUAGGUUUAUAGCAGAGGAAGGCAUAUGGGCAGUGGGGAAACAGGGACUAUACUUGAAAACUUUCACCUUCCCUGCUCCCACUGAAUCUCCUGAAAUCAAGGCUCCCAGGCGGAUCCGGGUCUCUCUGGAUUAUGAAGAGGGACGGGUGUCAUUUUUCAGUGUUGAUGACGAGACCCCCAUCUUCACAUUUUCACAGGCAUCAUUUGGGGGGAAAAAAGUCUACCCUUGGAUCUGGGUGGAUCCUGGAACAUGUCUGAAAAUAUGGCCCUGAUGAAGAGGAAGGAGUAAGACAAGUCUUUUUUAGAGGACCUGGGAGUUCAGUCUUACAGAAAGAUUGAGGUUGGAAGGAACCUGUGGUGGUUUCUGUGGCAACCAGCUGCUCAGAGCAGGGGUAACCUUGGGGCUGCCUUUAGUGUCCUUGGACCUUGUUCAGCUGAAUGUUGCAGGGUCUCCAAGGGCAGAGGUCUCAUUACCUCUCUGGACCUCUGUCCAACACUGCAUCUCUCUCAAGGGUGAAAACCAACCCUUUCUGGGUGGUCAGAAUUCCUCCAAUCAGGACCCGUGGUUGUUGUGUCUCAUCCUCUCUCUCUCCCUGUUGAACACCAAUUACACUGAAAAGGUGUCCCUGCAACAGGGAUCCCUUUUGAA